AUACAACAGGUCGUUAUUCUUGGAAAGAUGGAAUAUCAAUAAUAAACUAUUUUCUACAUUAAGGAUUGUCAUGUGCAAAUGAGUAAUGGGGUUCUCUAUUAUCUGCAUCGCAAAAAAACAAAAAAUAUUUCAAUGGUGGGCUUUUCGUGAAAUUCAUUCACUAAAAUAAAAUAACCUGGAGUAAAACUUUGCAACCUACGGUAAGAGAAAAUGGCGCUGUUCCACUGUGACUGAAUAUGUUUACUGCCUGUCUGAAUUUCAUGAAUCACUCCAUCAUUAUUGCACACAUUCUAGGUGUGAUAAGACCUCUCCCUUUCAGAAGGGUGUCACAUGCUUCUGUUUACCUAUCCCAUGCAUAGUUAAAGUAAACAUUGUUUAGCUGUGCUAUCACUCAAGUGCUGCAGAAAAACUUUGAGAGCUUUAUUCGGCACUCCCUACCAACUGUGUCUCAGUCAAUCAAGUAGGUCUGAACACUUGGUUUAAUAGGCUUGGUUUAGUCGCCGGAGUUGGACAGGCUGGCCUCAAGAUGAACUGGCUUUUCCUCCAGGGCCUCCUCAGUGGGGUGAACAAGUACUCCACAGCGUUCGGCCGCAUCUGGCUCUCAGUGGUCUUUGUCUUCAGGGUGUUGAUUUUGGUGGUGGCUGCGGAGAAGGUGUGGGGCGAUGAACAGAAGGAAUUCUCCUGCAACACGGCCCAGCCGGGUUGCCACAACGUCUGCUAUGACCAUUUCUUCCCCGUGUCCCUCGCGCGACUGUGGGCCCUGCAGCUCAUCUUCGUCACCUGCCCCUCGCUGCUGGUGGUGUUGCACGUGGCCUACCGCAAGGAGCGAGAGCGCAAACACUGCCUGAAGUACGGCGACGGGUGCCCUCGCCUCUACGCCGACGUGGGGAAGAAGCGCGGAGGUCUGUGGUGGACGUACUUCCUGAGCCUGCUCUUCAAGAUGGGAGUGGACAUGGUCUUUGUCUACCUGGUCUACUACAUCUAUGAGGCUAAUUUUUUCCCCCUGCUAGUCAAGUGCAAAGAGGAGCCCUGCCCCAACGAGGUGGACUGCUUCAUCACCCGGCCAACGGAGAAGCGCAUCUUUGCCACUUUCAUGGUGGUCAUCAGCCUGAUAUGCAUCCUCCUCACUCUCAGCGAGCUCCUUUACCUGGCCGGCAAGCGCUGCAGGGAGAGCUGCAGGCCCAGGCGGCGCUCCGUUCAGCCGUCUGCGGCCUCUUCAGUGCUGGAUAAGAAUAAGACUUCCUUCUUGGAGGUCCACCCUCUGAAGCAGCUUGAUAAUGGUAAUAAAGACACCAGCGUUCCCGCGUACAGCGUGGCGGUCUCCUGAGCAGGAGACACUAGUCUUUGGAGGUUGUCAGAGGAAACAAGGUUCAAAAAGACUAAAGAUGUGGUGGCUACUUUUGUUCCUAAUGCCCAACCCCAUGCAUUGCAAAGCAAUUGAAGCAGCAGUUAAUAUGUUGUAUUUUACUGAAAAAUUGCUGGAAGAAGAACAGUUACAGUAGGUGUAGCUAAUUUUAUCCCGAGUGGUUGAUAAAUUUCUAUGUUUCCUGAGAGUGUGUGCAAAUAUGACAAAAAGUAAAAAGUUAUAAAUAAACUGAAAUGGAAGAUUUGUAAUCAUCAUGCCAAAACCUCACAUUGAAACCCUGUAACAGAACUUUAAAAGAUUUUUUCUUCAAAAGGACGUUUUCUUACAAGUUCUGUGUGCAAUUCAGUCCUCUUGACUUCAUUUUUGAAAGACUUUGAAAUGUAGGGAAUGUUACAUUUCUUCCUUAUCUAGUGUUCCUCAUUGUUGUUGAUAUGUUUAUUUUUAAAAUCUAAAUGUAAAAUGCUGUUGAAUAAUAUAUCCUUAAGUAUAGCACCCUGGAAAAUGGCCUUUAGCAUCAAAUAAAAUAUCAAAGAAAAACACAUAUAAAGGAGAGGAAUGGCAUUCCCUUUUACAUGGCUUGUCACAUGUCUGAAAUGCACAACCAAAAAAUAAACUUAUAUUUGAUUUAUUUGUUAUCCUCAUAUCUGUUGUAAGAAUAAUUUGUCUUAAAAUGUUUUAAAAAACAUUUCUGAUCAUUUCAAUUAAAAGAUUAAAUACAGUGGACACUAUUAAGGACUGAUUGUUUUCAUUAUUUAUCAAGGGGUAAUUCAAUUAUGAUACUCAAACUGCAUUUCUCAUUCAAGAAUACAUUAUUGAGAGCAAGGGAAGCUUAUUACGAUGGCAUUCCCACUCGACCUGAACCCAAUCAAACAUCUGUGGGAGCAAUUGAAGAGGGAAAAGGCCAAACAUCAAGUUACAUUAAGAGAUUCUCUACGGGAACUGCUGAGAAAGUUCUGGAAUGAAAUGGAAGACGAGGUGUUGCAUAAGCUGGUGGAAUCAAUACCAAGCAAAGUGGAAAUGGUAAACAAGGCGAAAGAUGGACACACCAAGUACUAACUAUUUUUUACCAAUAAAUACCGACACACUUUACAUUGUUUUAAAUUUAUAUAUUCUUGAAUAAAAAGUAUUAAAAAGUAUUGCGAAGUAUCAUAAUAAUGAAAGUAAUCAGUUCCUGGUAGUGUCCUCAAACUUUUGGCCCUUACAGUAUUUCUAAAUCUCUGUGGGGAAAAAUGGUUAUUAAAUUAGAUAAAUUAUUUGACUUUAAUAUGUACAUAAAUUGUACUAGUUAAUAUGAUUAUUCACUACACUCCCCAAAUUAUAACCUCCUUUCAUCCAAGAAGUUCUUCACUGUGCACCAAAUAAACAUAUGAUUUUUUAUUUA